AUGCUCAUGCCGAUCAUUCUGAUCGAUACAGGUUCACACUAUUAUCAGUUGGAGACAUGGGCAGUCCUCGGAUUUGCCUUCGCUCAAAUUAUCUUUCAGAUUCGCAUUUUCGCACUGUACGGAAUGAAAAAAGCACUAUGUAUUGCCGUUUUCUCCGUUUUCUUGUGUUCUAUGGGUCUUACGGCGUGGAUCGUUAUUACAAGCACCAAAGGCCUCACAGCUAUUAUUUUGCAGCCCCCAGGGGUCAAUAUGAUGAUGUGCUUACCAACCAUUGCGCCUAGUCUUGUCAAAGCUGUCUGGAUACCCACAAUAUGCUUUGAGACCCUCCUCUGUGCACUUGCGCUUUUGCGAGGCUACCAAACGUCAGAUCCUGGAUCCCACAUGAACGGCAAUUUUCUUAUGACUAUCCUCAUCCGUGACUCUGCCAUAUACUAUCUUCUAAUGGCGUCUGCGCAUGUAGCGUCGUUGAUUAUCUCCAUUGUAUCAUGGGAAGGAUACCUAUCCGCCACUGUCAGUUUCUCCCUUGCGAUGUCUUGUGUGCUAUCUUCCCGUGUUGUCCUCAAUAUUCGAGAAAUUACGAAGAUCGAAAGCUUGCACAGUUCAUCCAGUGGUGUGGGUAAUUUAUGGUUUAAUCGCACCAACUCAACAGGCCAAAUAUCUUGGCAUGUAAAUACCAGGGAGACAACGGCAUAG